AUGGCCAAAAGUGUCCGUGCCAGCGUUUCCAAGCGCAACAGAGCCGCCCUCCGCAAGAAUAUCUUCGGCCCCAUUGUCGAUGCCCGCACUGAGCGACUGGCUGCAAAGCUGCAGGAAAUCGCCUCGCAACCCAAGCCCGAGGCUUCAAAGAAGACCACCAUGGACCUAGAGGCUGAUGAGACUGCCGGUCAAAACGAAGAUGCCGAGAAAGCCACUGCUGCCGACGAGGCCAUGGAUAUCGACACCAAGUCCUCCAAGACCCGAUCCCAGAAGUCCGGCCGCGUGCAGAAGCAGCAUCGCAACCGCCGCACCCGCCCCUCCAUCAUGUUCCAGAAGCCUGGAUCCAAGAACAAGAAGGGUGGCCCGAAGAAGAAAUGA